GGACACGUUGGCCAAGCGUAACGUUUCCUGGGUUUACGUAAAUAUGGUUUGCGUAAAUAGUUUACAACAGCAGAAACAAUUUAAACGCUUAAUAGCCAUAUAGCAUGUAAACUGUUAUUUAAAUUGUAUAAAUAAUACGUUAAUUUAAAUAAUAUCAUACCGGCUGAGAGCGGAGGAGUUCCAGGGUUGAGUUCGGUUGUCCCCCGCGCUGGUGCGGCUGCAGUGUGAAGUUCGGCCGGUGUGUUUCUGUCAGACAGUGGGGCUUUCGCUGCUGUAACUGGAAUAAAGAGGCUUUUUCUGUGGAAAUAUGGAGUAUAAACCAGUUACACACGUUCUGUUCGACAUGGACGGGCUGCUGUUAGAUACAGAGAGACUCUACACUGUGUCCUUCCAGGAGAUCUGUGACCGCUUCGGCAAGCUGUAUACAUGGGACGUAAAGUCUUCGGUAAUGGGUAAGAAGGCCCUGGAUGCAGCCAGGAUUAUAAGAGACUCUCUGGAACUCCCUAUGAGCCCUGAGGAGCUCCUGGAGGAGAGCAGAAAAAUACAGGAGCGCCUUUUCCCCUCUGCUGCACUGAUGCCAGGUGUGGAGAAGCUCAUCACUCAUCUCCAUAAGCAUAAUGUCCCCAUCGCUGUGGCUACCAGCUCAGCCGGCCUCACUUUCCAGAUGAAGACAAGCCGGCAUAAAGAUUUCUUCAGCCUUUUCAAACACAUUGUUCUCGGAGAUGACUCGAAAGUGAAGGAUGGGAAACCCCAGCCUGAUAUCUUCCUGGUGUGUGCCAGCAGAUUUGAUCCUCCUGCUAAUCCAGAACAGAGGUGGGCCGAUUUAGUGUCAGGAGUUGUGCUCAAGGACUCUCAUCGGUGUAAUCCAGCAGAGUCACCCAGACAAGGAAUUGAACCCCAGUCAAUAGCAGUGCCUGGUGUUCGAAGACGCACCCAACGGGGUGAAAGCAGGCUUGGCGGCUGGCAUGCAGGUCGUUAUGAUCCCUGACCAGAACUUGGAUCGCAGCCUGACUAGGGACGCUACGCUGGUGCUGGACAGCAUGGAGGACUUCAGACCAGAGCUUUUCGGCCUCCCUGCCUACAGUUAGAGACUGAACUUCAAUCUGGACUUUACCUUAACAAAUACCCAGAAUGCCUUGUGAUUGGCAGGUCUGGAAAAGAAAGGAACGGUACAAAUAGUAAUCAACAGUCAUCAGUCAAGGGUCUUACAGGAAUGGAGUAAGGUCUCUUUUUUUAAUGGAACAGUGCAGGGGACACACUGUGAUGCCUCACAGGUAAUUUGAUUGAACGCAGGCUUAAUCUCAUUGGUGCAGCUCAGUGAGCCAAUCGGAAGGUCGGAUCUCGGCACAUCCAUUAAACACUCUUAGUGUUAAUGGCUUGAACAGCACCCAAACCGAUUUUGAUUACGCCGCUCAAUUAGGCCCAUUAGGCCACAUCGACAGUUUUUGAUGUUUGUGUUUUUGGUGCUAUUUUCUUUUUCAACGAAUUAGCGGCAGUAAUGGUUUAGUUCUAUAUUUAACGGCACUGUGAUGUGCUAUUCGAAUCUGAUUACUGGCAGCUCCCAUGCAAUCAAGCUUAUCAAGCUUGGCAAGCUUUUAAUGACGUGUUUUUUUAGGCUUUCUAAUUCAGAUAUUCACAUACAGUAUCAUUAAAAAGAGUUGCACCAAGUAGUAGGAAGUGUUGGAUUGCUGUGCUUGUUUGUCAUGCCUGUUUUUGGAAAAAAAGGAUAAAAGUUAACAGGAACAGUAAAUGAUUGCAAAUUUAGACGUGUAGGAGCAACUACUGGUUAUAUUGGUUGAGAUACACAUACAGAAGUGCCAAUUAUCUUUUCAUUUAUUUGUAGAGUUGUAGAGGUUGCUAAAGAUAUUCUGCACUAAACCCUCCCAUGCUGAUUUCCCUUUUUUUGUAGUUAACAAAUAAAUUCAAUUUAGUGUGCAUGCAAAUUAUCCUUCAAUCUACAAUAUUCAUUCAAUAUAUUUAAAAAGGACUAUAGUUUGGGUCAGGGUUAUUAAAGUUUUUCACUUGUGCCAAAUAAAUGAUUCCGCACCCAGGACUGUCUCUGGACUUGUCUGGUGGACGAGAGGAACUUUAUUUUCUCUUUUUUGAGUGAAUAAUUGCUGAUUGCUGCUGUUUUUUCUAUUUAACUUGGAUUAAAACACUCAUAUUGCAAGGAACAGCAGCAGGAGCUCCUCAGAUAAAGUUCUCAUGCUGUUCUCAUUUCUCCCCAGGCAGGACAGUGUGAGAUGAGCAUUUGACUUCAAUUGACCACCAUUACUCCAGUGUAUUAGCUUGUUAUGCUGUCUGGCUAGUGUUAGUUAGCGAGCUGUAUCUGCUUCUUUGGCUGUGCUGUUCUACACAGCGCUCUGCAGUGCCCUCUAGUGGUGUGGCAGUAUGUGGAAAAAUACAGGUAUUUAUUUCCACUCUGGUAUACCGGAUGGACCGUUAUAUCAUCCAGCACUACUGUAAUAAAAACCAAAGGUAAUAAAUAUAGAUACAUACAGAUUUGUUGGUCAUCUCCACCAAAACAAAAGCAGAAUGACAGUAAGUCAUCUUUUUUGACAGAUUCUGCUUAUAAAUAUCACCUAUUUUAGUCUAAAUCGUUAAUUGUAGCGUCUAUCUUUGUUCUAAAUAGUAUUGCAAUCCAACACUGCCUUCUGGGUGCAAUUUUUAUGAGUGAAUUUUUAAAUUCCUAAAUUCUAUUACUGUUUUUUUUUUUUUUUUUUUUCUCCAUUGCAAACUGUAGCGUAGCAACACUAGAGGGGUUUAUUAAAAUGCCAAAGAUGUUUCAAAGUCCGCAGUGUGUGGAGAAAUCCAAUAAAAGGGAUCUAAAGGCCCAGACGUCUUUCAGCUUUUACCCGUGUUCGCCUCCCCCUCGCGCAGGGGGGGGGGUGUUUAGCAUGUUGCUCUUUUUCCUUAAGCAGUGUCCAACACAGCGGAGAAGUCGAACCCCAGCUCUUUUCUCUCUCCGCAAAGCCCUCUCAGGGAUGAAAGAGAUUUUCACCGGCGUCCUCUCGCGUCUCCUCUCUUCUCUUCUCCUCUCCGUGUAGGCCGCGGACCUUUCAUCCUUAAAGACGAGCAGGGAAUCCAGAAGGCUUGUUCUUUUUCUGCGUGAUUCCCAGCCUGGGGGCUUUUUACAUGUCGUUUAGAGGCUUAGCGCAGAGAGGCUAUCAGGCAGGGGGGUUUAAAGCAUGAAAGCAUGAGUGUUGAGCGGCUGUUUGGAGUGUGUGAGCGUAUGUUUACAUGUUUGUGGGCAUCAUACAUGUCUCUGUUGAAAAAAAAAAUCUGCUGUUUUAUCUUCAAAAUGCCAACUUUUAAUGGAAGGCUUUUUAAUGGAAGUUUCUUGUAUGUUUUUGUAUUUUUAUUUGAUUGCAGACAGUAUAAAGCCAAGGUAUUUAAUGUUUUUUUUUCUGCUCAACAAAUAAAUUUGCCAAUUAAUUUGUUAAUAGACAUCCUUUCCUGCAUUUAUUGCCUGCAGCACAUUCCAAAAAAGGUUGGGGCGGGGACUAUUUAGGGAUAGUAAUAGGAUUAGGAUUAAAAGUAGAAAUAAUAAAUAAAGAAAUUGAUAUACUAGGAGAGUUGCAGUGGUUGUAUAAUUCUUUCACAAAAUCUAAAACCUAUAAAAGCUUCACCUACUCUUAUAAAACAUCACAUAAGUCCAGUUCUCAAUCUUUGAUUUCAGUGUGGCAGUGUGGGCAGUGUGCCAAGUCCUGCUGGAAAAUGAAAUCCACAUCUCCAUUAAAGUUGUCAGCAGAGGGAAGUAUGAAGUGCUGUAGGAUUUUCUAAGACUUUGGACUUGAUAGAAUACAGUGGAUCAACACCAGCAGAUGACAUGUCUCUCCAAACCAUCACUGAUCAUCAGUAAAUUUUACAUUUCAUUUGUAAAUCAGGGGAGCAGAGUCUGGAGGAAGAGUGGAGAGACACACAGUCCAAACUGCUUGAGGUCUAGUGUGAAGUUUCCACCAAUCAGUGAUGGUUUGGAGAAACAUGUCAUCUGCUGGUGUUGGUCUACUGUAUUGUAGUCAGAUGAAUCAGUACUCCUGAUCCAGAUUUUGGGAAGAAAUUGACCCAGUGUUCUCCAGACCAAAGAUGAAAAGGACCAUCCAGACUGUUAUCAGCACUAAGUGCAUACACCAGGGUUUGUCAUAGUCAAGUAUAAGGUUGUGUCAGUAAAUUUUUUGAAGCCCCAUUGAUGCUGAAAAGUACAUUGAGAUCUUGGAGCAAGACAUGCUGCCUUUAAGAUGAUGUCUUUUCCAGCAAGACGCUUGUCUUUCAACAAGACAAUGUAAAAACCAUGUGCUGCACACAUUACUAAGGCAUGGCUGUGAAGAAGAAAAGGUAUUGGACUUGCACUGCCAUUUCUUUUGGAAUGAAUUGCAGGAAUGGAUGUACAAAAAACUGAAAAAUCUAUAGGUCAUGGGUUCAUAUUGUCUACAAUCAAAUACAAGUUCCAAUAAAAUCAAAGUAAAUGUAAGAAAAACUGUUUUUCUUUUUCAUUUUUGCACUUCUAUUGCUCCAUUCUUCAUAGAAUUUUGACACAGCGGAAAAAAAAAACAACUGUCUGAUUCAAAUUACGUCAAAAAGUUACGAGUUUGUGAAUCUUGAAAUGAACAACAAUACUGUACUGUAUUCUGUGUUGUCUGUUUGUAUUUAUGCAUAUAUACAACUUGGAAGAAGAAUAAAUGAACAAACAACACACUAAUCAUCGGAAAAAAGAAGACUUGUUUCAACCAC